GCGUGCUGGGCGGUGCACGGGGUCCCCGACUGCCAAAAUAUAGAGGCUGCUGUCAAUUCUCCCAGCUGCAUCUCUUCGGCCUCCCUCUAUCGCUCUCUCCCACUCUCUCCUUCGCCAUGUCUGCAAACGGUUCCGCGCGCGCUGCUGCUCUCGCACCAGGCCACUUCCUCUUUACCUCAGAGUCCGUCGGCGAAGGUCACCCCGACAAGAUCUGUGACCAGGUCUCUGACGCUAUCCUCGAUGCGUGCUUGGCACAGGACCCGUUCUCCAAGGUCGCUUGCGAGACCGCGGCCAAGACCGGUAUGAUCAUGGUCUUCGGUGAAAUUACCACCAAGGGCCAGAUCGACUACCAGAAGGUCAUCCGGGAGACGAUUAAGGAGAUUGGCUACGACGACUCGUCCAAGGGCUUCGACUACAAGACCUGCAACAUCCUCGUCGCCAUUGAGCAGCAGUCGCCGGAUAUCGCGCAGGGUCUCGACCACGGCUUGCUCGAGAACAUCGGCGCUGGUGACCAGGGUAUCAUGUUCGGCUAUGCGACGGACGAGACGCCCGAGUACAUGCCCCUCACGCUCGUGCUCGCGCACCGCCUGAACGCUGCCAUGUCGAAGGCCCGCCGCGCUGGCGUCCUUCCCUGGCUCCGCCCUGACUCCAAGACGCAAGUCACGAUCGAGUACAAGAAGGAGGGUGGUGCCACGAUCCCUCUCCGUGUCGACACCAUCGUCGUGUCCACCCAGCACGCCGAGGAGAUCUCCACGCCCGACCUCCGCAAGGCUAUUUUGGAGAAGAUCAUUCCGGAGGUGAUCCCGAAGGAGCUCCUUGAUGAGCGCACCGUCUACCACAUCCAACCCUCAGGCCGUUUCGUCAUCGGUGGUCCUCAGGGUGAUGCUGGUCUCACUGGCCGCAAGAUCAUCGUUGACACUUACGGUGGCUGGGGUGCUCACGGUGGAGGUGCCUUCUCUGGCAAGGACUGGUCGAAGGUUGACCGUUCGGCGGCGUACACCGCGCGCUGGAUCGCCAAGUCUCUUGUUGCGGGUGGCCUCGCUCGCCGCGCCCUCGUACAGCUGUCGUACGCUAUUGGUGUUGCGGAACCGUUGUCGAUCUUCGUCGACACGUACGGCACCGGCAAGAAGACCGACGAGGAGCUCGUCGACGUCAUCCGCAACAACUUCAACCUCAGGCCAGGUGUCAUCGUGCAGGAGCUCGGUCUCCAAAAGCCCCAGUACCGCAAGACCGCGUCUUACGGUCACUUCGGCAACGACGAGUACUCGUGGGAGAAGCCCAAGAAGCUCCGCCUGUAAGCUGGGGUUUAUCCCGUCGACAACGUCCGCCCGCUGCGCUAUUGAGCGCUAUUUGCAUCUGAAGUCUACGCUUCGCCGCACCGGAAGUUCAUCCUUCCGCCUAUUUAUCAUCAAUAUUGGUUGCAUAGACGAUACCGGACUCGCACUCAUACCUUCUCCCCGCAUCCCCCGCACACCGCCCCAUGUGCUCCAUCUAGUCCGCCGCUAUUCUCUUCGCCGGUCGUGCAGACCGCCUAGCCGCCUCUGCCGACUGCCCACGACGAUGACGCCGAGUGCGUUCACGACGAUACACACUAGUACUGCCCGCCUCAAGCAGGUCGGGCGCGCUCUCCUGCUUACAUUACACGCUGGGUACACAGACGACCGAUAAUGUUGUAUGUAAUAGUGGGAUCAAAUACAACCGCGUUCAACCGCGAGAGGAUUACAGGUGUGGUGCCAGCAAGUGUGUUCAGACGAUUGGAUGGUAAGUAUCGCUGUGCUUGUCGUUUUGUUCUCG